AUGUUAAUCACGCGAUUGCUGGGCGAGAUUGGUAAAAAGUGGUUUAACUUUCGGAAAACCACCAGGCGGAGUGUGGAAUCCGCCAGAGACACGGUUUUCCGCGGUGGUGUUGUUGUCAUUAGCACCAUCUUCAUAGUAUGGCUAUCCAUAUUUCUUUACACGGUUUUUUACUAUUCCUACAUGCCCAGCAUGUCGUACGUACGUCCCGUGCAUUUACAAUUCAAAUCGUGCGACGAGCAGAAGGGAAUUUGUAGCUUUCCGCAGGCUCAUGUGCAGUUGACCAAGAAACAACAGCUUCUGAUGGUAGGGCAGCCAUACAAAGUAAAUUUACAUCUGGAAAUGCCAGAAUCGCCGGCGAACAAAGAGCUCGGUAUGUUUAUGGUUUGCGCGCAAUUGCGGAGCCGCGAUGGAUACCUGGUGGACCAUACGUGUAAAUCAGCUAUGUUGCAUUAUCGCAGCACACUGUUACACACGCUUACAACUCUCACGUUUUCACCUAUGAUGAUAUUCGGAAACGCUGAAGAGAAGCAGGACAUUGGUCUAGAAUUGUUUGGCAACUUUGAAGAGGAUCAGAGUCAUCCGGUAACAAUUAUCUUUAUCGAGAUUCAAUCACGACAUAUAGAAUUCUAUUCUGCUAAUCUUAUGAUAAAUGCCAACUUAUCGGGAUUACGUUACUGGAUGUUUUAUUGGCCAAUUCUAUCAGCCUGUGUUGGUAUUGGUACAAACUUGUUUUUCAUAAUGCUUGUGUGUACGCUGUCAUACAUACACUUUGGAACUGAAGAGGAAAAUACGGAUGAGAAUUUCAGUUAUGAAAAGGGCGAGGUAGAAGAAGAUAAUGAUCUUAAGAGCGAUUCGUCAGACCCAUACGAUACAUCAUCUCAAGAAGAUACAUUGUCCGUAACAGACCUCAAAAGUGAGGAGAAGAGUAUAGAAGGAGAAAAACUUGUUAAGGGAGAACCGAGCUAUAUCCAGGAAAUUUCCACACUAAUAGCUGAGUCAUCGAGUGGAGCGUUGGUUAAAUAAUUUAUUACGCUUAGAAAUGUGAUUAAGUCUAUGUAAUAUAAGAAUGCAUUUUACAAAUAGUUAACUAUAAGUAAUUUAUAAUUAUCGAGAAAUACUAAUAAGGGAAGGAAAGAAUUGAAAUUGAAAUAUAUAUAUAUAUUUUCUUAUUUUCUA